GUAGGGGUCACACUGAUCUUAAUUUUGGAUAAAAUAAGUUUAUUUGUGAUUCAUUCAUUCAGUUAAACAAAUUAACAAUUCGCGGACAACACCGAACGCUUAUCUGUGCUAUUAAAUUAAUUCACACGGAUACACACAGUACCACCAUAAGUAUUUGCUAUAGAUCAUAACUCUCGCUCUCAGUGAAAGAAUGGCAGCCGAGAUAAAACCAGCGCAGCGCAGCAACAACGAUCGCUUUUUGUCGACCAAAAAGCCGGAGUUACUCAGUAAAUUAGAGGGAAGCGGGGAUGAUGUAAACGCGGCUAUUUUAAUACCAGGCGAAAACGGAGUAAUUAGCGUUUCUGACGACAAAACUGUGCGGGUAUGGCUUAAACGAGAUUCCGGCCAAUAUUGGCCCAGUAUUUGCCAGUAUAUGCCGUCAGGCUGUACGGCCAUCGAAUAUGUUCCGGAGCUGCGACAAUUGUACAUUGGCCAAGACAAUGGUACCGUCACCCAAUACACACUAUCUGAGGACUGCAAUCGCUUAUCAUUCAUGCGCGACUAUUUGUCGCAUCAGGGCCGCGUUGUAGCCGUCGUAUUUUCCAAGAGCCAUAACUGGAUACUCUCUGCUGGCAAAGAUAAACAGUUCGCAUACCAUUGUACGGAGACCGCAAAGCGAGUGGGCGGAUACAAUUUUGAAACACCAUGCACAGCGCUACAGUUUGAUGCUUUGGCAAAAUAUGCAUUCAUUGGAGAUCAUGCGGGUCAAAUAACAAUGCUGCGCUGCGAAGUGCAGGGAGUGCAGCUUAUCACCACAUUCAAAGGACACACUGCUGGCAUAAGAUGUUUAAGAUGGGUCGAAGGUCCUCAGCUAUUGUUCAGUGGUGCGUGCGAUCAAUCGGUUAUUGUCUGGGAUGUUGGUGGCAAGCGAGGCACAAUUUACGAAUUGCAAGGCCAUAGCAACAAAGUAUCGGCUUUGGCGUACGCCAACCACACUCAGCAAUUGAUUACGUGUGGUGAGGAUUCAGUUGUCGUCUUUUGGGAAAUGAACGCGAUGCGCAAGGAGGUGCCUGGCUGGGUGGAGUCCAAUAAUUGCCAGCUGUGUUCAAGACCAUUCUUUUGGAACUUUCGUUCGAUGAUGGACCAAAAACAAUUGGGCAUACGACAACAUCAUUGCCGGCACUGCGGCAAAGCUGUUUGCGAUAAUUGCUCAACGAAUCGCAUCAAUAUACCCAUAAUGGGUUUUGAAUUCGACGUGCGCUGCUGCGAUCCAUGCUACAAGCAGCUGCAGACAGUGGAGCGUCCAUCUUUAGCAGCCUUUCACGAUGCCAAGCAUUCUAUUGUGCAUAUGGACUUGGACGAGGAGCGUAAGCGUCUGCUGACCGUCGGUCAGGAUCGACUCAUCAAGGUGUGGGAUUUGUCAACCAUUUGGGCAUAAUGUUUAUACAACGGCAACUAAGCAGCCUGCAUGACUUGACCGCAAGUUCGGCGUUUCAAUUUUAAAAAUUUAUAUUGUAUUGUAUGAAACUAAAUAAAAAAUACCAAAUACAUAUGUAA